AGCAAGAAAGAAAAAAAUUAAGAGAGGUGGUAGAUAGUUAUGCUUCACCUACUGAGUGUCCAAUAACAACCAAACUUGUUUUAGAUGAAGAUGAAGACACCAAAGAACCCUUGGUUCAGAUUCAUAAAAACCUGGUUACCAAAUUGAAACCUCAUCAAAUAGAUGGUGUUCAGUUUAUGUGGGAUUGCUGUUGUGAAUCUGUAAUACAAAGAAAGAAAUCACCAGGCUCAGGAUGCAUUCUUGCCCACUGUAUGGGUCUUGGAAAGACACUACAGGUGGUCACUUUUCUUCAUACAGUUCUCUUAUGUGACAAAUUGAACUUUACUACAGCUUUAGUGGUUUGCCCCCUUAAUACUGCCCUCAACUGGAUAAAUGAAUUUAAGAAAUGGCAAGAGGGAUUAGAAGAUGACAAAAAACUUAAGGUAUCUGAAUUAGCAACCAUGAAAAGCCCUCAAGAUCAAAGUAUUUUACUACAAAAAUGGCAAGACAGUGGUGGUGUCAUGGUCAUCGGCUACGAAAUGUACCGAAAUCUUGUACAAGGACGGAAUGUGAAGAGUAAAAAAUUAAAAACAGUAUUUAAUAAAACUCUUGUUGAUCCAGGCCCGGAUUUUGUUGUGUGUGAUGAAGGUCAUAUACUAAAAAAUGAAGCUUCAGCUGUAUCCAAAGCUAUCAAUUUGAUUCGUUCAAAAAGACGAAUUAUUUUAACAGGAACACCUCUACAAAAUAAUCUAACGGAAUAUCACUGUAUGGUUAAUUUUGUCAAAGAGAAUCUCUUGGUUCUGUUACGGAAUUUAGGAAUCGAUUCAUAA